AUGGCUUCCUUCAAACCCCGAAAUAUCCUGCUCUUCGGCGCCACGGGAAACAUCGGCUCAUACAUUUUGGAUGCCAUUCUUGCCGCGCGGGAUGAGUUUGACCGGGUCGCGAUUUUCACCUCACAAACUACCGCAACUUCUAAGAAGGAUUUCUUGGAUGACUUGAAACGCACCAAGAAUGUUGAAGUCCUCGUAGGUGACUUGCAGGAUGAAGAUACCGUGAGAAAGGCUUAUGAUGGGAUCGAUACCGUCAUCUCUGCGUUGGGCCGGGGCGCAAUCGCGUCCCAGAUCCCUCUCAUCCGCCUUGCUGACGCCUCGCCUACUGUGAAAUGGUUCCUCCCCUCGGAAUAUGGCACAGAUAUCAAGUAUUCCCCUGCUUCGGCGCAGGAAAAGCCGCAUCAGCAGAAAUUAAAGGUGCGGGCGUUCUUGGAGAAUGAGAGCCCCGCCGAAGGGGUGGUGUCCGAUUUAGCGUACACAUAUGUCGUCACAGGCCCAUAUUCCGACAUGUAUGUUCAUUUUGUAGGUAAUCCGAUUGCGGGUGGAUGGGACGUGAAGAGCAAAAAGGCGACGCUACUAGGAGAGGACGGAAGCGCGAGCGUGAGUUUGACGACGAUGAAAGAUGUUGGAACUCUCGUGUUGGCGACGUUACGACACCCCGCCGUGGCUUUCAACCGCGCCCUCAAGGUCAAUUCGUUCACGACCACCCCUGCCGAUAUCCAUGCCGAGUUCGUGCGUCAGACAGGUGGUCAACCGUGGAACAAUGUUCAGUAUACCUCGCUCUCCCACUUGCGUGAGGCAGAGUCGGAGACUUGGAACGCUGGCAAGCCUGAAGCUACGGUACUGACCCUGAGGCGGAUCUGGACCGAAGGGGGCACUUUAUAUGAUCAACGAGACAACGCCUUAAUCGGCGAGCCGUCAAUGCAGACACUGGAGGAUGUGGUUGCCCAGGAAAUCAAACAAUCGUCUUAA